AUGGCAACACCUAAUUCAUACAGAUGUAUAAGUGAUAGAUUUGGCAUUGGAAGGGCAACAGCUUGGAGAAGCGUACAAAAAGUUGUCUCUGCUUUAUAUUAUCAUUUACAUACAUUCAUAAAAUGGCCAUCACCUGAAGAAGCAGAAGCUACGUGGACAGAUAUAAAAAGGAAAUAUGGCUUUCCAAAAGUUAUAGGUGCGAUUGACGGAACUCACAUUCAUAUUGCAGCUCCUAAAAUUAAUGCCGAAUGCUAUGUAAACAGAAAAGGAUACCAUUCAAUACAGCUACAGGUCAUAUGUGAUUCCAAAUUAAAAUUUUUGCACUGUUACACUGGUCAAGUUGGUUCCGUUCAUGACAUGAGAGUCUUCAAAUUAUCACGUUUUCAAAACAUGUGUACAGAAGAUAACUUUCCUGAAGACAGUCACUUAUUGGGAGAUGCUGCAUAUGGGAUUCAAAAAUAUAUUAUGGUUCCUUUUCGAGACAAUGGCCAUUUAACGGAAACAGAAAUAAAUUAUAAUCGAGUACAUUCUUUUGUACGUAUGAUGAUAGAAAGAGCAAUAGCACUUUUAAAAGGACGAUGGAGAAGUAUACUAGAUAAGUUACCGAUGACGAGAACAGAUUUAAUACCUCAAUAUAUAGUAGCCUGUUGUAUUCUGCACAAUAUUUGCUUAUUGCAUGAUGAUGUUAUUGAUAUUCCAAUAAUAAUAAAUGAGGCACAAUAUAUACCAACUCAGAAUGUAACAGAAGUUCAAAACAGAGAAGAAAGCAUUCAGAAACGAAAUUGUAUUGCGUAUUCGUUAAUGAAUCCUCAUUUACAUUUAUAA